AUGGAUGUGUCAGCUUGGACUGGCACCUGCGUGCAUUGCGCCGAGCUUUUAGCCAGCGUACCCCUCUCAAUCAUCAUUGCCGCGGUCUGCGCAACUGCGGCUGGCCUGUUUGUUUCUCUAUACAUCUUCUUAUCCCUGGUUGCUCCGAUCCCACGAAAUCCCCUCCCCGAAGAAACGACGUACCGCACUAUCUCGAAAGAUGGAUCUAUCACGAAACCCGAAUCACUACCCUCAUGGACGCUUUCGGGCUCGAAGAAAAGCGACACCGAAAAAGCCGAACUGUUUAUGUCCCUAGUCGUCCCAGCAUACAACGAGAAAGACAGGCUUGGAGGCAUGCUGGAAGAAGCAGUGAACUACCUGGAGCGGAUGUACGGGACGCUCGCUAGCAGUCGAACCGAGGAGAAACCUCUCCGGCAACGGAAGGCCGCCAACGGGCAAGCGAAUGGAAGUGCAAACGGCAACGCAACUGCGUCGCAAGGCAAGGGCUGGGAGAUCAUAAUCGUAUCUGAUGGAUCAACGGAUAACACGGAGGAGAUGGCGUUUUCUUUCGCGCGCGACCACCAACUCUCAUUACAUCCGAAGGGCCACGCCGGGCCUUGGACACCAGAGCCCCAGGAGGGCGUGCACAUCCCGCCAGGAACAAUCCGAGUCGUGAGGUUGGCGAAGAAUCGCGGCAAGGGCGGAGCCGUCACGCACGGAAUGCGACAUGUUCGCGGGCAAUAUGUGAUUUUCGCGGAUGCUGACGGUGCAACGAAUUUUGCGGAUUUGGGGAAACUCGUUACCGCGUGCCAGGAAGUUGAGGAUACGCAUGGCCGGGGAAUAGCCGUCGGAUCUCGCGCUCACAUGGUCGGCAGCGACGCCGUCGUCAAGCGCUCCAAACUCCGCAAUUUCCUCAUGCACUCCUUCCAUCUAAUCCUGUGGCUCCUGACGCCCUCCAAAACAGCCACGAUCAAGGAUACGCAGUGCGGCUUCAAGCUCUUCUCGCGGUCCUCGCUCCCAGAUAUCAUCCCCUACAUGCAUUCCGAGGGCUGGAUCUUCGACGUCGAAAUGCUCAUGCUCGCGGAGUUUGCGCGCAUCCCUGUGGCCGAGGUCCCUGUGGACUGGCGCGAGGUUGGUGGUAGCAAACUGAAUGUUAUCUGGGAUAGUGUGGGCAUGGCGUGGAGUUUGGCGGUGCUGCGCGCGGCUUGGUUGCUGGGCGUUUAUAGGCGGGCUUGA